AGGCUCCCCCGACAUGAUCUCCGUUCUCGGUGCUCAAUCCCGGAUCUUCGUUCCCCGCGUCAUCAACUUGUUCCAAUUUUGACAGCUUGGCACGACGUUGAACCAUAGCUUUCAAAGAAUGGCGCUCCGGAAUCAAGAGUUAUUCUGCUCGUCACCCACUAGGAAGUCAGCAUAAAGACGGCUUGACUGGUUCCGGGCGGCUCGCGGCAGCAAGUAUCCCGUUUGCUUUUAUCCUCCGAUUUAUCCACCCGAGAAUCAGACUUGCCAAUCAUCAUCCAAGAUUUGGGGGACCAAUUCUCCAGGAACACGCGGUGCUAUAAGUGGAAUGCGACCACGAGAGCCGAUUCACGCCAAGGAGUGCAAAGUGUAGAGAAUAGGAUACAGAACAACAAGACACUAUGGCAGCACUUCGCUACCGGCUCUUUGCUGCCGACGGCCGGGAGAAGGAAACAGAGAUCCAUCACAAAGGGCCAAGAUAAAGAAGAUUGGAAACAUCCUCUACAAGUCCGCAUUUGCGAUAUAAACCGGCCGCGCCAUGUGCUCUUCCGACAUGUCUUCCAUCUCAAGCAAAGGCGAGCUUUGUUCUGCUCAAGCCCCAAGACCAUGUCACGAAGGAUUCUCUUGUCGGCCUUGCUGGUCGCCGCCGUGUCCGCUCAACAGCCAGGCAAACUGACACCCGAAGUUCAUCCCAAACUUCCAACAUGGGCGUGUACCGUUGCCGACGGCUGUAUCCAGAAGGACACAUCCUUGGUCCUCGACUCUGACUACAGAUGGGUACACACGGACGACUACACCAACUGCAAGGUCAACGGUCUUAACCCAGCCGUAUGUCCCGACGUUGAGACAUGUGCUGCCAACUGUAACCUCGAGGGCGUCGACUACACUGGAUCCGGGAUUCACACCAACGGUAGCGAGCUUACCCUGAAUCUCUUUGUCAACCGGACCGACGGUACCACUAGUCUUGUCUCCCCGCGAGUCUACCUCCUUGCCAACGAGACGACCUACGACAUGUUCUCGCUCCUAGACAAAGAGUUUACCUUUGACGUGGACGUCAGCAAGCUCCCAUGCGGAACCAAUGGAGCUCUUUACUUCAGCGAGAUGCUUGCCAAUGGAGGCAAGAGCGCGCUGAACCCAGCCGGCGCAAGCUAUGGCACGGGCUACUGUGAUGCCCAGUGCCCUACUCCAGCAUUCAUCAACGGCGAGGCCAACCUCGAAUCCUACGGCGCCUGCUGCAACGAAAUGGACAUCUGGGAAGCCAAUUCCCGCGCCACCGCCUUCACUCCUCAUCCCUGCAACGUCACCGCGCUCUACAAGUGCUCCGGCGAUCUCUGCGGUCGUACCGACAAGUACCAAUCCGUCUGCGACAAGGACGGCUGCGACUACAACCCCUACCGCCUCGGUGACCACCCUUACUACGGUCGCGGCGAGGGCAACAAAAUCGACACCACCCGCCCUUUCACCGUGGUCACUCAGUUCUUCAGCAAUACGACGAGCGCCGGGGAGAAGGAAUUGUCGGCCAUUAAGCGGCUGUACCUCCAAGAUGGCAAACUGAUCAGCACCUCUACCAUCGCCGUGCCUGGUUUCGAUUCAACGAGCGAUACCAUCACCGACGAUUAUUGCGCCAAGAACAAGCAGAUCUUUGGGGGAGUCAACGCCUUUGCCAACCAGGGCGGACUUCGACAGAUGGGCGAGGCGCUGGAUCGGGGCAUGGUUCUGGUUUUCAGCGUGUGGCAUGAUGCGGGAAGCGCGAUGAAGUGGCUGGAUGGGACGUUUCCUCCCGGUGCUGAUCCGGAGACACAGCCUGGGACAGAAAGAGGCCCGUGUUUGCCAGGGGAAGGGCAUGCGGAUGAUAUCCAGAGGGACGCGAGCUGGACGGAAGUCAAGUUUAGUAAUGUGAAGAGUGGGGAGAUUGGGUCGACUUUUGAAGCUUGAAGGGAACGGCCAAGGGGAGGCAAAAGGAACAUGGCUGACCGUCAUGAGCCACUGGUUGCUGUUCUGGUGUUGUUCAAGAGGGCUUGGUGUUGAAGCUCUACACUGAUGUCUUCUGGGGACUUCCAUCUCUAUCGACCGCAGAUAUCACAACAAUAUACCGCGCAGCAUUUUCAAAGAUCAUGUCCAUAGCAGUGCUGCUUUGUGCCCCUGUACGAAGUGAAAAUCCGUCCUUCAUUUCGAUAUUCUGCUUCCAGUUCUCAGGACGCCCGUCUCCUCGGCACGACUCUUUCUUCAACAUCGAUCUCACAUCACGAUCACCGUCCAUUUCAUUACGGCCUAUAAUCGUGGCAGCACUGUCCUUACCAGCGCUCUUAGGGUGACAGUAAGUUGAACAGUUGAUCAUCCUGAAUCUUCGCUCAUCAGAAUCACAUUGAACAGAUUGCUAUCCACGAGCUUAGAUCCUGAUU